AUUUAAUCACGUGCCCGGUAGAAUUUGUUGUUUGUUUGGCGUCCAUUUGCGACGUAAGGACAGACUUCCUGACAAACUUCUUAACGGUUGGUGUAACAUUUUCAACGGAAAUAUCGAAAGAGAUAAAAAUGAGUGAAGAUAGGAAAUCACCUACUAUGGCAGUGGAAGAAGCAGCUGUACCUGAAGAAGCAGCACAUGAAAAUGAAAAUAUAUCCAAAAAGUGGCAAGGUUCUAUUAUGAAAGAUGAUGAUGCCUCAUUGGAUUCUGAGAUAAGUAUUCCAACUGAUGGUCUACUGACACCUGCCAUGGUACAAGAAGAAAAACUACUGCAUAGACAGACUGUAAAAGAAACCAAACAACUGGAAAAACAAGCGGAGGAUGAAUGGGAGGCCAAUAUGCAGCAGCAAAGAUACAAACGUUUGCAGCAUUUACUGGAGACAAGUAACAUCUAUACCAAUUUUUUACUGUCAAAAAUGGAAGCACAACAAAAACGAGAAGAAGAGAAACGAGCGAGACAGGAGAAAAGAAUGAAAAAAAAGUUGAUGAAACAAAAACAAGAUGAGGUUGUUAAAACUGGUGAAACUAAAGAAGCAACAAAGACUAAAUCUGUAGAUACAAAAACACAAACAGAAGUUACAAGCCAGACUGUGGAAGAGGGCACUAAAAGAGGACGUAAAAGAAAAGCGAAAGAUGAAACCUACAGUAUAGCCUCUGUUCUCAAGAAAGAGGAUCUUGAAAAUAAGAGACGAAAACUUGGUACAGAUAGUACAGAUGGACCUCAGUGUGAACCUGUUGUUUCAGAAAAUAUACAAAGUGAAGUAGUGAAGGCAGAUGAAAUUGAAAAAGAUACAUUUAGUCGUACAAUAAACGGGGAAAAGGUCAGUGAUAAACAACCUGAGAUGUUUACUGGUGGUGUAUUAAGAGACUAUCAAAUAGCAGGAAUGGAAUGGUUGAAGGUGCUUUUUGAGAAUGGUGUGAAUGGUAUCUUAGCUGAUGAAAUGGGACUUGGUAAAACAGUGCAAUGUAUAGCACUGUUUGCUCAUCUGGUAAAUAUGGGCGUUACUGGACCUUUCUUAGUAUGUGCCCCCCUGUCUACACUGCCUAACUGGGUCUCAGAAUUCCAACGUUUCACUCCAAAGGUUCCUAUAGUACUUUACCAUGGUUCAAUAACGGAGAGAGAAUCUCUUCGUCGUUCCAUCCGCCGUAAACAUGGUAAUAAGCAAAGCCAUCCAGUUGUUAUAACUUCAUAUGAAAUAGUGAUGAGAGAUAGAAAAUACCUUCAAGGACAUGAAUGGAAGUAUAUUAUCGUGGAUGAAGGACAUCGUAUUAAAAAUCUUAACUGUGUCCUUAUACGGGAGCUGAAGCAAUAUAAGUCUGCUAAUCGCAUACUUCUUACUGGUACACCAUUACAGAACAACUUAUCUGAACUCUGGUCAAUGUUGAAUUUCUUGCUACCUGAUGUUUUCAAUGACUUGGCAAGUUUUGAAUCUUGGUUUGAUUUACAGUCACUAAGUGAAAAAGGUGGUGAUGAAGCCCUUGUAGCCAGGGAACAAGAGAAAAACAUAUUGUCUAUGCUGCACCAGAUUUUGUCACCUUUCUUGUUGCGGCGCCUGAAAACUGAUGUUGCAUUAAGUAUACCUCCAAAAAAGGAAGUGCUUGUGUAUGCUCCAUUGACACCUUUACAACAUGAAUAUUAUGAAGCCACAGUUGAUAAGACAAUAUUAAAAAAGGUGGAAGACAAAAAGGAAACUCCAGUUAUACAGAAAUUGUGUGAAUCCGGGAGACCAAAGCGUCGUUGUAGUCAAAAAAUAAAUUAUGAAACUGUUUUUGAAGAAGAAAAACCAAAUGAUGACGUUGAGACAUGGUUUGAAAAAUUUGUAAAGAAAGAAGAUGUUGUGCAUGAGAAAAUCAGACAACAGACUUCAGAGGUUAAUAUUAAACUGCAGAAUAUCAUGAUGCUACUAAGAAAGUGUUGCAAUCAUCCAUAUUUAUUGUCUUAUCCUAUUAAUGAAAGGAAUGAGUACAUAAUAGAUGAGCAAUUAGUACAAAAAAGUGGUAAAUGUUUAAUAUUGGAUAGACUACUACCAGCAUUGAAAGAAAGGGGGCAUAAGGUGUUGCUGUUUUCACAGAUGACAAAGAUGUUGGAUAUUCUUGGCGAUUACUGCUUUCUUAGAAAAUUCAAAACUUGUAGACUGGAUGGGACAAUGUCGUAUGUGGAUAGACAAGAACAGAUUUCCACUUUUAAUAAUGACAAAGAUGCAUUUAUAUUCUUAUUGAGUACCCGUGCUGGAGGUUUAGGUCUUAAUCUGGCCUCGGCUGACACUGUCAUCAUAUAUGAUAGUGACUGGAAUCCACAGUCUGAUUUACAAGCUCAAGAUCGCUGUCAUCGUAUUGGUCAAAAUAAACCUGUAACUGUAUUCAGACUUGUUACACAGAAUACAAUUGAUCAGAAGAUAGUAGAAAGGGCCUCGGCCAAAAGAAAGUUGGAAAAAAUGGUCAUCCAUCAGGGUAAAUUUAAAGGAGGUAUAGACAACCUGGAGAAAGAUGCCAAAUCUGUUCUGGAUGCAGAAGAAUUGUUAAAACUACUGCGCUCCCAAAACCAUGAUAGGAUCUUGAAAAGCAAAAUUGACAAUAUUCUUAGUGAUGAAGAGCUGGAAAAGCUGCUAGAUCGCAGCUAUACUCAUCAUUCAAACGUGGACGGAGAAGCAACCACAGAAUCUUGCGUCUUCAAAGUAGUAGAUGGCAGCGAUGAAGAAAAACCUGAUAUUAAAGUGUUAGCUUAG